AUGGGCUGGAAGAGGUUGUUGCAGAAAGUCCACGUAGACUCCAAAAAGUCUGUGCAGAAAGUCCAGGCAGAAACGCUCUCCUGCCCCAAGAACAGCAACUACACCCUGUGCGGCACUGCCUGUCCCGCCACCUGCAACGCCGCCGCGAUGCCCGCUGACUGCAGUGCCGCGGCCUGCGUGGAGACCUGCGAGUGCCAGGAGGGCUUCGUGCUCGACGCCAACGAGUGCAUCCCCCAGGCCGAGUGCGGCUGCAUCUUCGAAGGCCGCCUCCACGGCCUCGGCGAGAAGGUUUGGGGCGAUGGCGCCUGCACCAAACGCUGUGUCUGCGGUGCGGAGUCCCGGAGGGCCGUGUGCCAACGGGUCAGCUGCCGCGUUGGGGAAGAAUGCCGGGUGGAAGACGGCAUCCAGGAUUGCUAUCCCAAGAGCUACGGGACCUGCACAGCCGUUGGCGCUACCCACUACGAGACCUUCGACGGCAAGAAGUUCACCUUCCAGGGCACCUGCAUGUACCAGUUGGCCGGGCUGUGCGAGAAGACCCAAGGUCUGGUGGACUUCCAGGUGCUGGUGCAGAAUGGCUGGCAUGACAAGGACCUCCUGUCCUCCAUCGCUCUCGUGAUGGUCAAAGUCUACGGCAAAAACAUCGUGAUCCGCCAGGAGCACCCUGGUAGAAUCACGAUCAACGACCGGUUGGUCAACCUCCCGUAUCGCCACAGAGACGGGAAGAUCUUCGCCUACAGAGGUGGGCAGGAAGUGGUGGUAGAGACAGACUUCGGCCUUACUGUCACCUACGACUGGCAAAGCCAAGUCACCGUGUCGGCGCCCAGCAGUUAUGCCAACGCCUUGUGCGGCCUCUGCGGGAACUACAACGAGGACGUGGGCGAUGAGAUGAUGAUGAGGAAUGGCCAAGUGACGUCAAACCCGGAUGCCUUCGGCCACAGCUGGAAGGAGAUUGAUGUCCCUGGUUGCGUGGAGCUGUCGAAGGUGGAAUGUCCCAUGGCCGCAGUGGCUCUGCAGCACCGAGGGGUCUUGGAGAAGGGUUGUGGGAUCCUCCUGGAAGUGGAUGGACCCUUCAGAGCUUGCCGCGCUCAGGUGGACGCCGCCCAAUACUUCCAAAACUGCCUGCACGAUUUCUGCCUCUUCCCGACCCAGGAAGACGUGAUGUGCCGGAUCGUCGCCCGCUAUGCCGCCGCCUGCCAAGCGGCCCACGUGACCGUCGGGAGAUGGAGGAGGGACGAUUUCUGUGGGAGCAAGAGGUAUCUCGUGUCCCGCGAACAGCCACUACCAGAGCUGCUCCCCUGCAGCCAGACCUGCAGCAGCAUCUACAGCCCGGUGAAGUGCUCGGGGCAGUGCAGGGAGGGCUGCGAUGGCGACGACGGCUUUGUGCUCAGCGGCGACGAGUGCGUCCCCGUGUCCCGGUGCGGGUGCCUCCACCAGGACUUCUACUACAAGAUGGAGGAGACCUUCUUCCCCACCAAGCAGGAGAAGUGCCAGUGCCAGGACGGCAACGCGGUCGACUGCCAAGAAGUUUCUUGCCCUGGAGACAGUGAAGGCAAAGUCAUCGACGGUGUCUUCCAGUGCCCAUCUGCUGCGCGUGGGGCCUGCGUGGCCACAGGUGACCGCAGCUACAUCUCCUUCGAUGGGAUGGCUUUCAACAUCUCGGGCGCCUGCUCCUACAUUCUCACUGAGACUUGCAACGGUGACGGCGUCAAACCGUUUCUUGUGAAAAUCGAGAAGAGCGCCCGGCAGAAGAAGAAGGUCUCUGUCAUCCGAGCAUUGUCCGUUGAAGUCUAUGGGCUCACGCUGACCUUGAUGCGAGGCAGGAGGGGAGCCGUCACGAUGGACUCAAUAUCCCACCACCUCCCGGUCAUCCUGAACAAGGGGCAGGUCCAAGUGCACCAGCACGGGAUGGGUGUCCUGCUUCAGACUGACUUCGGCCUCGCCGUACGCUAUGACCUCCUCCACCACGUGACGGUCACGGUCCCGCCGAGCUACCAGGGCCACCUUUGCGGGCUCUGUGGCAACUACAAUGGGCAACGUAAUGAUGACUUCCUCCUCCCCAGUGGCCAACAGGCCCCCACCGCCAUGGUCUUUGGCUCUGCCUGGAAAACACCUGAAAUGGAUUGCGAUGACGACUGCUCUAAGGACGACUGCCCCGUCUGCGCGGAGGAGAAGAAGGUGAUCCUCCAGAAACCCAACUACUGCAGCAUCCUCACGCUCCCAGAAGGCCCCUUUGACUCCUGCCGCCACCUCAUCGACCCAGCCCCUUAUUUCCAAGCCUGCCUCCACGACGUUUGCCUGGCUCAGGGGGACACCCGCAUCCUUUGCCAGAGCAUCCAGAGCUACGCCACCGCUUGCCAAGACGCUGGUGUCAUCAUCGAGCCUUGGAGAAGACCAUCCUUGUGCCGUAAGUGGGAGUCGUGGGUGGGAGACUUCCUGCGUGGCCGCGAAGUCACAUCCCGUUGGGCUGAAGUGAAAACUCUCAGGUGCCCGGCCAACAGCAGCUACUCCCUCUGCACCCAUCUCUGCGCCAACAGCUGCGCGGGGCGUGUAGACGCCUCCAAAUGCCCCCAAACCUGCGCCGAAGGCUGCCGCUGUGACAAAGGGUUCACCUUUGACGGGCACGGCUGCGUUCCCGAGGAGAAAUGCGGAUGCUUUGUGGAUGGGAAAUAUUACAAGCCCCACGAGUCGGUCCUGAGGGAGAACUGCCGGCAGCGUUGCACGUGUGUCCCCAGCGAGGGCUUGACCUGCAGCAGCCACAGCUGCACCGACGACGAGACCUGCGAAAUCCGGGACGGCGUCUUGGGUUGCGUCAACCAAAAUCCCUGCAAAGCCCUGCGGUGCCGGCCCAAGGAGAGGUGCAAGCUGAAGGACGGCCAAGACAAGUGUGUCCCCUCCCUGGUUGCCACCUGCUGGGGUUGGGGAGAUCCCCACUACCACACCUUCGACGGGCUCGAUUUCGACUUCCAAGGCACCUGCACCUACACCAUGGCUGAAUCCUGCGGGAGCGACACCACGUUGGUCCCCUUCAAGGUGGAGGGCAAGAACGACAUCCGCGGCGGGGUGAAAUCCGUCUCCUACGUGAGCUUGGCCAACGUCAAGGUCUACGGCCAACACAUCUCCAUUCGCCGGAAGGAAGUGGGCAAAGUCAGGGUGGACGGGGUGGUGACGCUGCUCCCGGUGAGCCUGGAGGAUGGCAAGGUGCGAGUCUUCCAGAGCGGGCUCAGCGCCGUGCUGGAGACGGAUUUCGGGCUCCGGGUGACGUACGACUGGAACUGGCAUCUGCUCAUCGACCUCCCCAGCAGCUACUACAAACACACCUGUGGCCUUUGCGGCAACUUCAACCUCAAACCCGAGGACGACAUCCCCCAGAGCGGCAGCGACCUCCCCGCCUUGGUGGCCUGGGCCGAAGGCUGGAAGGUCCUCGAUGACGAUGACCCCUUUUGUUGGGAUUAUUGCGAAGGCAACUGCCCGGUGUGUGACCCAGAGGUGGGCAUGGUGGUGUGCGAGGACGCCGGCUGCAAGGCGGAUGAGAGGUGCGCCGUGGUGAAGGGCGUGAGGCGGUGCGUGGCCAAGAGCCGCUCUGUCUGCGUGGCCACCGGCCCACUACACCACCUUCGAUGGGCGCCACUAUGA